GAAAAAUUAGUACUCAAUUUUUUAUUUUUGUUAAUUAUUUUUAUUGUAAUUAGUGUAAUUUAUUUUAAUAAUAAUUAUAUAAAUUUUUGUAAAAUUUAACAUCAAAAAGUUAAGGCUGACAUCUGAUUUGACUGAAGCAUUAAAUAGAAUAGAAAAGAUUUAAAUAAAGAUUUGAAUAAUAAUUUAAAAUGAGCAUUGGGGUAAAAAAGAAUGAAAAAUGAGUAUUGUUGUAAUUAAUAGGUAAUAAUAAUCCAAUAAUACCACGACUGAUGGGAGCAUUGUGACAAUAACACAAACAAAAAAAUGUUGCGGUGUAAAACUACCGGUUGAUGGAGAGAGACGAAAAAAACCUCGAAUAUUUUUUACCAAGUGAAGUUGUGGUUCACAACAAACCAGAAGAUUGUUGGGUAUCAUAUUUGGGCAGGGUAUACAAUCUAACGGACUUAUGUAAAUCGUGGAAAGAUCGACCGGAGAUAAAGCCGAUCCUCUUAUUCGCUGGUAAGGAUAUAAGUCACUGGUUUGACGAUAGCACCGGAGAUAUACGGCAUCACGUGGAUCCGCGAACUGGUGCUUUGGUGCCCUACUGUCCUCAUGGACCCAUUCCCGACGUAGGAAUCCCCGAACCCUCGAGCACUUGGAGACCUUUAGAUCGUCUUCCCUGGUGGCUCGACACUAAAUAUCUCAUUGGAAAGCUUACGAAAAAUCCAAGACCCUGUCGCAUCAUCAACAUGCUCACUACCAAGGAAGCCACGAUCUGGGUUUGUGAAGAAGAAACUGUCAGAAAAAUUCAAGAGCGUUUCGCUUUUUUUAAUUCAAAUUACGCAGACUAUCUGUGGAAAUCGGACGACAAAAUUCUGGAUUUAGACAAAACUUUGACGGAAAAUGGAAUUCCCGAUGAAAGAGAACUUUUUGUCAAUUGCGGGCUACCUGAUGAUUUUUACAUCCCAAGUAUUUUAUGUUACUACAAAGAUUCAGUCAAAUAAUUUGUAGUUUUCGUCAAAAAAAAAAUCGCCAUAUAAAAUAAAUAUAAAUAUUUAUAUGUAAUAAAAAAAAAAAUGUUUCAAUAAAGUAGCAGAUAAAUAAUGACUGGAGUAUUCUUCAGAGCGACGUGGGAUUCUGAGAAGAAAUUCUAUUAUCUAUUUUAAGAAAUCCAUUUCUUUGUCCUCGAGCUGACUCUAUUUAAUUAUAUAUAUAAAGUUAGCUCAUCACUACUAGAACACGUCUCGAGGUCACUGGCAGCAUUUUACUGUCAUUACAAUCCACGUGAUACGAUGCGCGACUUUGUACCUCACAAUUACAACCAUUAUAUCAUUCCGUCACAUCUCGAGUCUUGUAUAUGGUUAAAAAAUUCAAUAAUUAAUAGCAAAGCUCCGUUUAUCG